AUGAUUCUCAAUGAGGAAGAGGAUGUGCAGAAUCAACUUCCAAUGUUCCCUGAGCAACAACCGAAAGUGCGUCUUGCAUCCAGAGAACAGAUUCUAGGGCUCAUUCUUUUUAAAGAUCCAUCAAGCCAGGCUGAAGGAUCUUCAAGGCAGGCAUCCUUUGACGAGACCAGUGAUCCAGAACGAUUCUUCAAGGAGUUGGAUGAAAGUUUGGAGAGCUUCUCAUCGUCUGCAUCAUCUUCAGAAUAUUCCACAUCUCCAGUUCUUACGAAACUUUGA